AAAAAGAAAAAAAAAAGAAAAAAAAAAAGGAGAAGAAGAAGAAGAAGAAGAAAGAACAAGAAACAAAACAUGGCUGGUAAAGAAACCAACGGUGUGGCCCUUGCAAUCAACUUCCCACCACAAACUGAGAAGGAGACAGGGAGUAUCAAAGCCGUCCAAUCGCUGGGUGGACCCACUUUGGCGAAGGAAGUAGUGAUUCAUGAGAAAGUUGAAGCAGCGGUCCCUGCCAAGGAAGAAAAAUGUGACACCCAACUCGAAGGCGUGGCUGUGCUGGUGAAAGAAGAGAAGGAUGAUAGGUUCGGCAACCAACCGACUGUUACACUGAAUUCCGGUAGGAAGAUGCCGUUACUGGGGACGGGAACAGCUUGCUUCCCUUUACCGCCUAUCGAAGAUCUAAAGAAGGCGAUUCUUGAUGCUAUGGAAGUCGGGUACCGUCAUUUCGACUCUGCGGCCUCCUAUCAGAGUGAAGAAGGGCUGGGAGUGGCAAUAGCUGAGGCCCUCGAGAAGGGACUCAUCAAGAGCCGAGAUGAGCUCUUCAUCACCACUAAGCUAUGGUGCAACAAUGCAUGCCCGGAGCGUGUGCUCCCGGCUAUCCGUGAAUCGCUCAGGAAGCUAAGGUUGGAGUAUGUGGACUUGUAUUUGAUUCAUUUCCCAGCGAGAUUUAAGGAAGAGAUAUUGGAAAUGCCAUGUGUGAAGGAUGACAUGCUCCCAUUUGAUAUGAAAUCCACAUGGGAAGCCAUGGAAGAGGUCAAUAAGCUGGGCCUUGCAAAGUCCAUUGGAGUCAGCAACCUCACUUGUAAGAAGCUUACAGAUUUACUGGCCCAUGCUAAGAUCCCACCCGCCGUCAAUCAGGUUGAGAUGCACCCAGUUUGGCAGCAGAAGAAACUGAGGGACUUUUAUGCAGAAAAGGGCAUCCAUGUAAGUGCCUACUCACCUCUAGGAGCCAAAGAGUGGGGCUUUGAUGUCGUUCUUGGCAAUGCAUUGCUCAUUGACAUUGCCCGUGCCAAAGGAAAAAGUGUUGCCCAGAUUGCAUUGAGAUGGGGAUUCCAGCAAGGUGUCAGUUUGAUUCCCAAGAGCUUCAACAAGGGGAGACUCAAACAGAACUUCGCGAUAUUGGACUGGCAGCUAACUGAGGAAGAGCUACAGCAGAUAGGAACAAUCCCACAGAAGAGGAUUAUGAUUACACCGGAGUUCAUAUUCCCGGAUGGCAUAUUCAAGUCACCUGAAGAGCUCUGGGAUGGAGAGAUGUGAGAUCUUCACUUGGGUUCUCUACAUAGUCUAGUUGGACCACAAUAAACCGAAAUAAGCAGCCUUAUUAAGAAAAUGCAUGCCCAAUUCCUGAAGUGGCUGUAUAGUUUUAGUGUGUUUGUGCGGACUCGUCUUCCACACUUUAAUGGGUCUUGCUUGUAUUGCCUUUUUCAUUGUAUGGGUGAGUUCUUCAAUCUCCUCAUUGUAAGAGAGAAUCAAGUGUUGUAUUAGUAAUGGGUGCCCACUCUUUCUUC